GGAUGUAAUAAUUUUAUAGAAAAUAAGGCGAUAACAGAAUCAAUAAAAAACAUUGUAAAUAUGGAAGAAAUUUAGGAAAUUAUGAGAUAUUAAUAAAUAUAGUUUGGAAUUAUAACUGUGUUGGAAAUUUGUCCUGUUUUCAAGUCAAACACCAAACCCAUUACUGACCUUAGCGGAAUAAGAAAAAUAUCCAAAGCAACAGGAAUCGAAUCAUAUUGUUUUGAUCAUGGAGGAAUCGAAUGGAUUAAUUUAUGGCCUGGAGUUACAAGCUCGCGCUUUAACUCCACAAUACGGGGAAGGUAAUGAGGUGCGCUUUUUCAUAGCGACCAACUCUUUAAAGCCAACUAAUCAAGUUCAUUUAUUAGAAUUCAAUGAAGAAAAAGCUAACGUAAAAUCAAAAAUAUUUGAACAUUCGCUGGGUGAAGUAUGGAAGUUAAACAGCAGCCCUCAUGAUGAAAAUCUCCUCGCCUCCUGUUACAAUGUGCUUAAAGGUACACAGGUUCAAACGAAUGCAGCACUCUUGCAGUUACCUACGGAUUUGGAUGAAGAUAAUGCAAAAAUGGAGUUUAUACCUUGGCAAAAAAUAGAGACUUUAGAUACAGAGAAACUUGGCGAUAAAGUAAAAACCGUCGAGUUUCAUCCAAGUUUUAAAAAAAGUUUAGCUUGUGUUGUUGAUGGGAAAGUAGCAAUAUUUGAUCGUGCCGAAGCACAGACGCGUGUUAUAUCGGAAAUCGUAGUCCCAAAUGCACAAAAAAAUUCACCGCCUUUGACUACUGGUAAGUGGGCGCAUCAUCAUCAAGGGCAUCAGUUUCUAACAUUACAUGAUUGUAGUGUGCGCUCGUAUGAUAUUCGUGACACACAACACUGUGCAUGGUCCAUUGAUCAUGCACACAGUCAACUUAUUCGUGAUUUGGACUGUAAUCCAAAUAAGCAAUGUCAUAUUGUGACAGGCGGCGAUGAUGGUGCAAUCAAAGUGUGGGAUUGCCGAAUGGCAAAAGAAGCAGUGUUUGCCCGCAACGACCAUGCCCACUGGGUUUGGACUGUAAGAUUUAACACAUUCCACGAUCAAUUAAUAUUGUCUAGCUCCAGUGAUUGUAAAGUUUUGCUCACGUGUGCUGGUUCGGUAUGUUCCGAGGCGACUAGUGAUGCCAUGCCCGAGGAACGACGGCGUUUACUCCCUGACGGAUUGCUUCAAACAUUUGAUCAACAUGAGGAUUCCGUAUAUUGUGUGGAGUGGAGCAAUGUUGAUCCUUGGAUAUUUGCGUCUCUUAGUUACGAUGGUCGCCUUCUGAUCUCGAAGGUACCCAAUCAAUAUAAAUAUCAAAUAAUAUUUUAACUAAAUAUGUAUAUUAACUCUAUGUGUGAAUGUGGAUUUCAUAAGUUAAAUUUGAAGAUAUUAUAUGAAUAAUAAAAACUAUUGGAAUUUAA